CUAAAGGCUAGGUCACUUUUGUCUCUCUCGUUUCAUGCUAUGCGCGCUCUUCCAAGAAUAUCCGGCCCCCCAUGUUCGUCCACACAAUCUAUCCCCGACAAGCGAUAAGUCAACCCCCUGCGGAUUGUGGCUGUUGCGCUCGAGUUGCUCAAUCAGGUCUCCGAAUGGCGUUGACGAGGCUGCAACAUUCAGAAUGCGGAUGUAGCGCCGACAUCCUAGGGUGCGGCACAGCAUUCAUCAUUCGCACCGCCUCACGCCGCAGUCAAGUUUCGAUUCAUGCUGAUGUACCUUAGGAAGCAUAUAUAUCCCGCGAAGAAAGCAUUCGCCGUUAACUACAGCCCUCUUUCUCUAUCUUGUUUAAUACAUCAAAGUCUUAUUCUCCUCGUCGUAACAAUCUGAGAUCUUAGGAAUGGGCUCUUCGACUUCUCCUCCACCCCGCUCGGGCCAUACUCUACUCUCACGAGGAUUCUCAUCGCCGACGCCAUCCUCACGACCUUUGGAAGGCAGCGCAACGAUAUCCCAUUCAAGCACCCCAAAUGUAAUCGGAGCUUUUCCUGCCGACCACGCUCUAUCUGCAUCCAUCGGUCCGACACCACAAAGCAAUGAAGGAAAUGCAUUGAAUCCGCAGGCGGUAAUGGAUCUACCCUUGAGUUUUAUCUCGCCUUUGCCUGGGAACCACCGACCAACGGUCAACAGACGAUCCGUAUCCGACACUCGACAUAAUCGUACUAGAAGACCUGUUCAAAGCUAUGGAAGCCCCAUUCGAAGACCACACCGACGACGGCAGCAACCUCCGAACCUCUUUGGGGGAAGACAAGCGUCACUCGAUUCGACCGAUUACCCUCCGGUUGCUUCGUCACGGAGUGGGUCAAACCCCGGCGACAAUGGCGCAACCUCGCCGCUGGCGAUUAUGAAGACCGCUCAACAAGUACACGAGGAACUGCGACGAAGGGUCUGCAAAGACAUGACUCCAAAUGAUAGGAAGGGAGUUGUUUAUGUUAUCCGAGACCCGGAACGCCCGCAUCUCCUGAAAAUCGGAGCGACCAUGAACUCGGCGCUGCGUCUGCAGCAAAUUGAGCGCCAGUGCGGAGUCAGGGUCGAACGAGUGUACGUUUCCGAAGAGGUGCAGAACUAUGCGCGAGCAGAGCAUCUGGUACACGGUGAUCUGUGGCAUUUGUGUCGGCCGUAUUGGUGUUCCAGAUGCGCCACAGAGCACAGAGAGUGGCACGAAGUCGACGCAGCCCUAGCUGUCGCGACGGUUAAGAGAUGGGUGGGGUUCAUGGAACAACGACCUUACAACACCGCCGGGAAAUUGAAGGCUAUAUGGCGACAUCUAAUCUCGAAACGGAAGCUAAUCCAGGCAACGGAUAGCUUGGAUCAUGACAAUAGGUGGGAGCAUUGGGCUCGCGUUGUUCUGGCGCCUUCUCUCAUCGACCAUUGCCAACAUUACGUGGGAGUUACCGAAAGCCAUCCAAUCUGGCCCUUCCUGUGGAAGUUUUCCUGGCAAGUAUCUAACGUGUUCGCGUGGGUGGUCGUGUUUUCGGUCCUUGGGGAUGCCAUUUCUUUUCUCGUUCUACUCUCUUUUUUUGCGUGUGCUUGGGUUAGCAUCUCCGCUCAAGUGUGUCCGGCCGCGCCACCCAAAGCAUCGAGAGAACGAUGAGAGGUCAAUUUGAGCAGUUAGCUUUUACCUACACAUCUUCAUAGCCUUGCGUCGCCAAUUUAGAUGAUCCCAUUGAACUAGAUAUACGGACGACAAGCCUGCGCAAAAGCCAUCAGUAUAACACGCUAUCCCACGUUUGGAAUCCAAGGCAUGGAUUGAGUAGGAAAUCUAGGGAGCUAGUAAAGACCAGGAAUUUUCAGGGCUAUCCAUGGUCAAUAGGAG